AGAUUUCUAGGAUGAUGAUUAUUAUUACUGGUGUACUGUUCUUUGUGACGUUAAUCUCGGUCGUGACUAUACCACCGGGCUACGAGUACAACACUCGCGCCGUGGUGAUCACCCCGAUCACACUACCACCAUCACGAUCACCAUGAUCGAAAUCGUGAAAAAGAAAAAAAAAAGAGAACAAAGCACACGUCGAGUCUAGGGAUUUUCCUGUAAUGAUUAUCAUCGAUUUAAUGGCGCGAUGCAUGCUUUCGGUUCGCGUUCUCAAAAAAAGUUCGAUCAAAAAAAGUCGCGAGAUGAAAGAAGCUCGUUGAAACGUAUAAAAUGGAUUCUUUUUUUUUUAAUAUGCAUACGCUAGCCAUAUAACUUUUUGAUUACGGCACAAUGCAUUUAAAACACAAUCGCAAGCUUACUCUCUCACUUACUUGUGCCUCUUUCUCUCUCUCACCUUGUCAUUACGCAUUAGUAUGCAGCUGCAUCGGUGCAAUAAUGCACGUGUCGUGUAUUGGCGGUAAUGCGUCGGGCAAAUUUUCUCGGAGCUAUAAUUUCGCGAAAGAAAAUUGUCAUGGUGCCUCACCGCUCGAUUAUGAAUAAUGAUCUCGUGAGUGAAAUAUCGAAGCUUUAUCUCUCGCAGCUUUUCUUGCAUUAAUAACGGCUGUUUUUAUUUCUUUUUUUUUGUUUUCUCUCUUUGCAUUUAACGAAAUCUUUAUAAUUCAUUCAUGAUAGAACAUUAAAAUCGCAAGUUGUUUUACAAAUUAGCAACAUCAGUAAAUUUUAUUUAAAAACAAAAGGUAAUAUCAAAGAAUAUAAAAAAUAUAUAAAUAAUAUUAUUAAUGAUAAAUUUUGUAUUUUAAUUGAUAUCAAUGCAAAUAUUUUUUUGCAUAUUAUCAUAUCAUGUCUUUAAAUCAUAUGUAUACAAUUUAAAUCAUAUAAUACAAUUUACACUUAUAAUUUUUUGCAAACGAUUGCUUUACGACACGUGUUCAUAUUUCGAACACUAUUUGAUUUAUUAUUUAUCUUAUUUUCCAUAAUGAGCAAACACUUACCGCAAAUUUACGAGAUAGGAAACGACUUUUGGGGGGAAAUAUCAGUUUUCCUUUUUACAUAAUAUAAUAAUUAUGUAACAAUAUUGCGGGAAUGUUUAAUGUGAUGCGUCAAUAAUGUUUGUUUCUAAAAUGCAUGUCAUCCCUUUGGACCGAGGCUGUAUCGAUCACAAAAAACCUAGGUACACAAUUUGAAUUUCAAUCGUGCUAUAUAUUAUCCUUGAUCCCGUUAAUAUGCAGGUAAUGAUAGUGAUCGAUGAUGAUGAUGAUGAUGAUGAUGAUGAUGAUGAUGAUGAUGACGAAGACGACGAUGACGAGGACGACGAUGACGACGACGACGAUAACGAAGACGACGAUGACGAAGACGACGACGACGAAGACGACGAUGAUAAUGAUGAUGAUGAUGAUGAUGAUGAGGAUGAGGAGGAUGAGGAUGAUGAUGAUGACGACGACGAUGAUGAUGAGGAUAAUGAUGAAGACGACGACAAUGAUGAUAAUGACAACGACGAAGAUAACAAUAAAAAAUUGAACAAAGCCCUGAAGAGUAUCCUGGACAAAGGCGACGGCUGUUUCUACAUCGGGAUGGGAGGUAAAAGCGCGAAACCCAAGAUUCCCUCCUAUGAGCCCUACCAGUGCUGUCCCGCCAAGCUCGCCCACGGCACCAAGGUCGCCAAGGUCACCAAAAUCGGUCCGAUUGCCAAGGACAAGGGCAAAUUACAAGGUACCGGUAGUAAGGAUAAGCCACAACUGCCGGCUCUGAAGCCUAUAAACAAGCUCACGGCCAAGGAGAGCAAAAAAUCAGCGACGAUAUCAGCGAAUGUCGACAGCGACGCGAAGGAAUCCAAGUCUAAGACCAAGAGAGGAUUUUUUGGAAGCGUUGUAGCUGGAAUUCCUUACCUCAUGAAGGUCUAAACGACCGACACGCACAUCGACGUCCGGAUGCGCGAGAUCGAGCUGUGAAUGAAGAAAAAGUACUACUCGCCGGACAAUUAUGAUCAAACCAGUGAUCGAAUGAAGAAAAAAAUGCGAUGAGAAAGUGCGCGUGAUGACGGAAGAAGCCACGAGGAACAAAUUUGGACAGGAUAAAUCAAAUAUCGCCAUUGAGCGAAUAACGAUUUUACGUUUCUUAAAGAAACAAAAUGCCUCGUUGCCAUUUAACAUCGUCUAUCAUCGCCUAUCAUCGUCGUCAAUUCAAAUUAUCGUUCAUCAUCAUGUUCGUCCGUGAAUUCAUUAACAUUCUCGUUAUUAUCGUAUCAGCGUUAUCAUAAUACAAUGUCAUCUGCAUUGCUAUAAUCAAUGAUAUCGUCAUCUUCUCGAUGUGUUCAUCCGUGUGUUACGCGCAGGAAGGUAAAUAAACAUCUGCGAGAUUUUAAUGUUUCUGUAAAAAUACGUAACAAUCCCAAUAUCUCAGAAAUAUUCUAUGAUUGACAAAAGUAUAUUAUAUAAAAAAAAUUUAUAAUAUAUUUGGUAUGUAUACAUAUUAUACACGACAUUAAAGAUAUUCGAGAAGAACAACGUUCGAUAAUACGUCAAUCCGGUGUCUGUCGAUAAUUACGCAAUAGACAGAAUUAUUCUCGCAACAUAUGCAUUUCUUAUAUAGAGUUUUUUGAUCCUUAAUAUCUGAUCAUCGUCUAACGUUGAAUAUUAUUUAUCGGUUUUGUUUUACUCGUUAACCCGUUAACGUCACGAAGAGCGAUACCACCUUCUGUGUUGCAUUUCAUCAGUAAUAUUCGUACAAUAAGGGGUAGGACUUUAUAGUAUAGACGGAGAAAGAGAGAAAGAAAGGUGCAUAACUCGCUGUUGCCGAGAUCAUCAUAGUGUUCUACCUAGAUUUUACGGUACACGCUCUAGCGAUUAAUUUAACAUGAGAUUAAUUGUUUGUAACUAAACCUAUCUCACUCUGAGACCUCAUUUUUAUCGAUUUCUAUAGACUUUCUAUGUUCCAACAAAUUCUAUUGAUCCUCGAGCUAUAGCUUUCUUCUCCUUAUUUUUAUAAGACAAGAAGAUCUCAAGAAUGUGAAAGUGCGGAGGCUCAGAGUUAACGCGAAAUUAUGUGAACGAAUGGCUUGUCUAUAAUUUAUUAAUAACGAGAUUUCUUAAUAAUACGGAAUUCUCAUAGUGUUCUCAUAUCGAUCUUUUAUUCUUAUUCGAAAAAGAAAUCAAACUCGCCUAAUUAUUACAAAUUUGAUAUCUAUUGAAAUUGCUAGAAUUUUAAAAUAUUCAGCAUUGCAAUAGUUAUUGAAAUAAAAACUGUCAUUAUCAUCAAUAUCGCGAUUUCAUCCUUAAAAUUUGAAGAUUUAUAAGAACGAUAAAAAAAAAUACAUCACAAAUGAAAGCCUCUUACAAAUUGCGAAUAUAUAAUUGUAUGUAUUAUUUCUUACUUGAAGCGCUACUUUUUAGUCCCGACUUAAAUAUAUCUUGGCCUUUCUUUACAAUAUUUUACGAUUCUUUACAUCGAGACUCACAUGAAUUUCUCUUGUUUCCACUAUCAUUAAUCGCUUAUUUAGCUUAAACCGAUACGUAACUGCAUAAAACCGACACAAAAUGUAAAUGAAGAAUAGCUUUCGACGAUGCGCGAUUAGAUCGUGCGAAGAAAUCACGAUAUAGAGAGGUGUUUAUUUAUUUAUUUAUUUAUUUAUUAUACAUUUUGAAAUACCUCGUUACUUGUAUUCACCGUUAUAUCACUCCGAUAAUCUGCGCAAGAUAUAAGCACAUCACUAUCCUCGGAACUGUCAAAUUGCAGGUGAGAUACACGUAAUAAUAUUGUAUUCCGACGUCGGAGCGUAAAAUUGAUCAUUUUAGAUACUCUAGAAAAAUUCGCGUCACAAACGGAUGAGGGUUUUGCGAUCAACGCAAAAUUAAUUUUCGUCACACUGUAUCUGUGAUCAUGAUUAUCAGGCGUCGUGAAUUUAUCGCACGUGAACGUUGCGUGCGAGCCAAUAAGUCCUCGUUAUACGCAUAAGAGCAGUAUGUACGAUAAUAAAAGUCGAUAUUAUACGAUAACAAUAAAUACAUUUCCUAAUA